UUCCGGCGCCCGCGCGGAUCCCGGCAGCGGUGGCUCGCGUUUCCGCCGGGCGGCGGGAGCGCAGGACCGCCUUCCGGUCGGCGCGUUCGCGGAGCUCCGCUGGGAAGAUGGGGAAAGUGAGGGGGCUGCGCGCCCGCGUGCACCAGGCUGCCGUGAGGCCCAAGGGGGAGGCCGGCCCCGGCCCCGCGCCCCCUGCCUCGGAGGCGGCCCCUCCGCCGGCCUCGGCCGGGAGGAAGGACUGGGCGUUCGUCGACACCAAUAUCUUUGCCAGGACCAAGAUAGACCCCAGCGCCUUGGUGCAGAGGCUGGAGCUGGACGUGAGGAGCGUCACUUCCGUCAGGAGAGGCGAGACUUCCGUCAGGGGAGGUGAGGCUUCCUCCGGGGGAGGUGAGACUUCCGCCGGGGGAGGUGCAGCGGCCAAGACUAUUUUGUCCAAGAAGGAGAAAAUGAAGCUGAGGCGUGAGCGAUGGUUGCAGAAAAUCGAAGCCAUCAAGCUGGCUGAGCAGAAGCACAGGGAGGAGCAGAGGCGGAGGGCCACGGUAGUGGUGGGGGACCUGCGCCCCCUCAGGGACGCUCUGCCUGAGCUGCUGGGGCUCGAGGCUGGCAGUCGGCGCCAGGCCCACAGGGAGAGCAGCAAGCCGCGGCCCUCGGAGCUCAGCCGGAUGAGCGCAGCGCAGAGACAGCAGCUUCUCGAGGAAGAAAGGACCCGGUUUCAGGAGCUACUGGCCAGUCCGGCCUACAGAGCCAGCCCCCUGGUGGCCAUCGGGCAGACGCUGGCCCUACAGAUGCAGCUGGAAGGUGGCGGCCAGCUCUGACCAGAGCGGCGUGUGCGCCACGACUUCUCAGGACACACGUGUGGGCCCAGGAGCCAGAGAGCACCAUGGCCAGAGCCUGUGGAUACCAUCCCCCGGGUCGGCUGUGGGUCUCAGUAAAGGGCUCCGUGAA